UGCCGCCUUAGCCGCACCGAAUUUCGAAAAAGGCAAUUGAAUGCGCUCUUGAAAGUAGUGUCAAAUUCUACAUCUAUAUAUGGCCGUGUGCUAUUAUCGGAUUGAUUAUGUUAUUCCCCCAAAAUGACAUGGCAUUUGAAUUUCGCGGUUGGCGCUCUGCCAAAACAAGUCACGCUGAGCUGUCAUAGAGAAUAAGAAUGAAUCACCAACAAAGGGUGUGUAUCAAAAGCCGCUGGUGCGUGUGUACUGCAUUAUGUAUUCGAUUAAUCUUUUUCUCUCUUGUAACGUCAGCUGAUCCUUGCAAGUUUUUGAAUUUGAUCCAGCAACAACUGCAGCUCUAUCCAGUCUUUUUGACAAGCUAUUUUUAAAAAAGUGAUGGUGGGGCACUUCUUUUUGCAAACAUAUCUGACCAGCGGCAUCUGUCCUAUGUCAUGUGUUUCCAUGUGCCCGGCACACAAAGGAUGGAUAACAAUUAAGUAGCAUCACGAUAGUCGUGAGAGCCACUCCACUGCCUAAGGAAGGAGAUAGUUUGACCGUGCCGACGUAGAAGCCGCAGGCCCAGAACUAAAUUCCAGUUUGAAGUUUGAACACAAAUAAAGCCAGCGGCCUAUAGGCUCCCCGGAAAACCGUUAUCGAAACACCAGCUGCGGCAUCCGCUUUGUGUGUUUUCUCAGCCCUACUCCAGAGUGUCUUGAAGGUACAGCAGCAAACAAAAUGUUGAUUAAAAACUGUAAUUUCUAUUGUUGGUUUUACGGAUUUUUGUGGGAAAUUUUUUGAUUUGAAUUCCCCUUUGACUCUUUGAGGUACUGCCAAAACGGUUGGUUGCCAACCAAUCCUUUUUUCAGAUGAAACCAUUAGUAUUCGAGGCGGGGAACUUGAAAGGCCCAUGCAUGGACGAGUGAGCUAACUUUGCGCAACCCAAACGGGAUAUGCUCGUCAUCGUGCGGUGCAGACGCUGGCUUUGUGUUGGUAUAAAAGCCAGCGAAAAAAGGGACAAUUUCCAGUCACAACUGGAUAAACGAUCGCUAUUGCUCGUCAAACUAAUAUUCUGGAAAAUCAAUCCACCUGUUGCUUCGUGUACAUCUUUAUUCAUGACAUUGUAACGCGCGUGCGCCCCAGCUUCCUGCUUUGAAUUAAAUUUGAUUGGUCAGUGUGUAACCGUCGAUUCUUAUUUUGACACAAAAUGCAAAUGCUUAUAUUCUGAUACAGGUUUCUCCCUUCUUUUGGCAACAACAGUGUUUGUUGGGUUGGUCCGUUAUUUCAUCACAUCCGUUUAGGAUAUAUUUAGAGAAGACAACAUUUACCGACUGUUUAGCUAUAGCCCUAAGGAAAAGGGGGAGGAGCCUAUAAAGCAUAGGGGGUCUUUUUUGUUAUGGCGCAACUUUCAGACUUUGGUUUGAGUGAAAAAGCUCUGUGUUUGUAGUUGGUUUUAGGUCCCGAGUGGACGUGGUUGUCUUUCUCUUUAUGCGAUCGAAAGUGUGUUAGUUUGCCGGUUUUUUGUUUAUAACUAUUCAUGAUCUCUUUGUCAGUCAUUCAUUAUUAUGACAGUUACUUAUACAGCACAAGUUGCAACUUGCACAGGACUUGGAUGUUUUUGGAAACUUCUCUUCCGUUGGAAAGGCUCUAUUUACAAAUUACUUUGGCCAAACCUGGUUGUUUACGUUCUUCUGUACUAUGUACUCUAUUUUGUUUACCUAUUCGCUUUGGAUGAAGCAGGACAGCUGCGGUUUGAAAAGAUAUCGAAACACUGUCUAGAGUACUCCGAUCUUAUUCCAUUGUCGUUCGUCCUCGGCUUCUAUGUAAAUUUAGUAGUCAAGAGAUGGUGGGAAAUGUUUCAAUCCAUCCCUGGAACGGACACACUGGCAAUAUUUGUAGCAAAUUCUAUUCCCGGACAGGACGACCGUUGCCGUUUGAUGCGCCGCACUAUCAUGCGGUACGUCAAUCUUUCGUACGCCAUGAUAUUGUCCAUGGUCUCAACGAGGGUCAAGAAACGAUUUCCAACGCUCGACCACCUUGUUGAAGCUGGUGUACUGUUGCCCAAUGAAAAGAAAAUAUUCGACGACCUCAACGCUCGUUCGCGUUACAGCAAGUUCUGGAUGCCGCUUGUUUGGGCUGGAUCGAUUAUUACCCGGGCCCGAAGGGAAGGACGGAUACGCGAUGAUUUUGCUGUCAAAACUAUGCUCGAUGAGUUAUGUUCCUUCCGGGCCAAAUGUGGCGCACUUAACGGUUAUGAUUGGGUUCCCGUUCCUUUGGUUUACACUCAGGUUGUGACCUUGGCAGUUUAUACCUUUUUUAUGGCAACACUAAUGGGCCGCCAACUCGUUGGCGAACAGAAAGACUUGUACGUUCCAGUAUUUGCAUUUCUCCAAUUUUUCUUCUACAUGGGAUGGCUGAAAGUGGCCGAAAGUUUGGUCAAUCCGUUUGGCGAAGACGAUGACGACUUUGAAACUAACUGGUUGAUUGAUCGAAAUCUCCAGGUGUCAUACUUAAUUGUAGACGAAAUGCAUAAUGAACAUCCAGAGCUACUCCGCGAUCAGUACUGGGACGAAAUCACGCCGCAAGAACUUCCGUACACAGUUGCAUCUCAAGCCUUCCGCACAUCUCCUCACAUGGGCUCAACAGCUCAAUUGACGAUGACAUCUUACGAAAAAGAAUUAUUUCAAUCAGGUUCACAACUUCACAGACUGGAAGAAGAAAGUGAUGGAGAUCCUUCUACUGAAAGUGAGGGCAUCAUUCCAGAUGACGGGGGAGAAUCGGGACCACCGGUUAAGGAACGAAGCCCUAAAAAGAGAGUGCAACGGCAAAUGUCCUUGCAAUCGGAGGCACCAAAUUCGUUCAAUAGCCAAUCUCGUCUUCGACUUUCACGAAAAGCUCCUUCCGUCUUGUCUGUUUUCCAGAAGGUUUUCACCAGAGACAAUACUAUGGGUAGCAAUGUAUCCAUCGCAUCUGCACAUCGUAAACCAGGAUUCAAUCGUAGCACCAGCCGGUACAGUACAGGCGGAGUUAGCCGGCCACAUUCUCCGAUAGUAUUUGGACCUCAGGAAGAUAUAUUCAAAAUGUCCGAUCUGAGUAUCGACUCAGGAUCCACAACUCCAGUUAAUCCCCCAAUCGUGAAAUCGCCGACUGCUAAGGCUGAUCUUCCCCCCUUAAAUUUGAAAAAAGCCAAUGAAAGGCGUGGGAAAUUUGGCAAGAAUUUGAGUGUUGAUCCACCGCCUGGAUCUUUUGCAAUCUCUGAUCCAGAAGAUGAACCUCUAAUUUCAAGCAACGCGCCAUCCCCUUCAGCUCCUCUAACUACAUCAGCUCAGAAUUCUCCCAUUUCAAGACACAAGCAAUUCUUACAACCCAACAAAUCCAGUCCAAAGCUAAUGCCGAAAAUCUCUCCCAGCCCACAGGGAUCUCCAAGAACUACUCGAAUUCCACCUGUCGCUUUUUUCAUGGGAUCCGAUGCAUCGCAAACUGAUCGAGCUUCCACCUCUAAAGCUUCUAAAAAAUUGCACGUACCAUUGGCCGAGGUAGAGGAAGAUUGUCCAGAAGAGGAUGUUGUUGAAGAAACUGUUGCAGUUGUUCCCACUAUUUCGUCUCAAAGACCUCCUGUAGUAGUUCCACCAAGAACUCAUUUAGACAGCGUUCGGGAAAUAACAGAGCUUGAGCCGAUCGAUGAGCACGGCGAGCGUCUUGAAUCGACGUCAAUUGAAUCGGCCUCAAUUGAGGAAAAAGUAGAAGAUAAAUAAUGUAUCUCAGUUUAUUGAAAACUGCCAUUUUGUUGAGGAAAGAAGCAUUCCGUGUUAAUAGUUCAGCAAAACCUUACUGUACAAAUUUUCAAGUAAUUUUUUAAUAAUUAUUAGUUUAAAUUUUUUUGAUCGUGUAUUCCCUAUCUUAACCUAUAAUACUCUUUUACAAAUUACCCGACGAGCGGUUUGAGCAUACCAGAACGGCAUUUUAAAAUUUUCGAAGCACAACAAACCCAUUAUGAGAAGCAGCAUAUACAUCAUCAGGGUCGAAGGAAUUUAUCCAAUUAUUGGUAGAACAGUGCAGUGACACAGUGAAUGGUUCAGAAUCGUAGAUUUGCUUCGGCUUUGUUUACUAUUCCUCUUUUAUUUGUCUUCCACUCGCGCUUCAAUUUCGCAUUGCUGUUGCGAGCUCUUCAGUUGAAUGUAUUUGUAAUUCGAAUCCAAAGUGUUAGAAGAGUGAUUUUUAAUAAAAAAACAGUUAAACGUUUUUUUU